ACAAAAGUGGACGAAAGUAAAGAGAAGUUAUUACACGAACUGCAGAACGGAAUGACCCGUAGUUCCAGUUUAUUAUCGGAAUUGAAAAUAUCGCCGGAAAGUAUUCGAAUUAAAAAUACAGACGGUUGCUUUUCGACGAUAACGGAGGUGGACGACAGAAACGUGACUUGGCCUAGAAAAAAUUUCGGUGAAAUCGCUUUACCCCUAGAAGACUGCGUGACCGACAGAGGCGAUCCCGUGGUCAGAGGGUGUUUGGGAAAUUUCACUUACGGCGCUUAUUGGGGUCCCGUGGACGGAAAAUGCCGGGGAGAACUCUCCGACCUCACUCUACGAUUGAAAGAAUUAUCUACGAGCGAUGAAGUAAACGUUACCAAAGAGUUAAGUAAUUUAGUAAACGAGUUGCCUCGAAUUCGAGCAAUCGACAUUCACUACGUGGCUACUUGCUUGGAGAAGGUUUCCACCGAACCAAAUUUCCAAAAUCCACAAGAAUCGUUCGAAGAAAUCGCUUCGACCAUCGACAAUUUAAUGAAGACGGAUUCUUCCGUUUUGGCCUCGGCAAAUACGAAAACCAACGCUUCUUCCAGAAUUACAGCUUCGUUGGAGAGUAUGCUAGAGGCCAAUAACGUUUUUAUAAAUACAAGUAAUGAAAAUAUAAUUAUUGCUUCUCACCCGCUAACCUCAGAAAAUGUGGAAGUCGGAAUAUUUCUACCCCUAGAUACAAACCGGGUGAAGAGUUUACACCGGGAUGCAUUAUUAAAUGACGAGUAUAGAGUAAGAAUACGUCUCCCUCGGGACGUGUCGAAACAGAAAGCUUCGUCUGACGCCACUUUUAAUUACGUCGUAUACCAGAACGAUGCCAUGUUCUUCACCCACCGCACCGAUCGAGCCGUAGUCAGUAACGUUCUGUACGCCCGCCCGACGGGAGCUCCCGUUCGUUUGCCUGCCAAAAGAAUAGAAAUCGCAUUUCGAGUGUUUACGGUUCCCGGCGAAAUACCCCGCAGUACGAGGUGCGUUUUUUGGGAUUAUUCUGCCAACCGUAAAAUGGGAGAUUGGUCCGAUCUGGGUUGCGAAAUAACAAACCGAACCGCCGGUCGAGUGGUAUGUCACUGCGAUCACAUGACUAACUUCGCCGUUUUGGUGAAUUUACAUCCGGAUUACGUGGAGCGAAAGAUACACGCCAUAGUCUUGGAUAUUUUCACCUACGUGGGGUGCGCGCUUUCCAUAAUGGGGAUCGUAUUAACACUAAGCAGUUUCGUGAUGUUCAAAAAACUGAGAAAAGGAGUGGUAAGCAAGGUUCUGUGUAAUUUGGCAUCGGCCAUAUUGUUAAGUCUGAUCGUUUUCGUUUCGGGAAUCGAUCAAAUCUCGUCCGAGAGGGGGUGUAUAUUUGCGGCCGCUCUCUUGCAUUAUUCGUUGAUGGCCUCGUUCUGUUGGAUGUUGAUAGAGGCCUUGCAGCAAUAUCUGAAACUAGUCAAGGUGCUGGAUACUUACAUCCCCAAAUUUAUGCUCAAAGCAUCCGUUUUUGCCUGGGGAACUCCUUUACUCAUUGUGGCUGUAAUAAUGUCCAUCGAUUAUAAAUUGUACCACGGAGGAAAAAAAUAUUGUUGGCUUCAAAUAGGAGCAUUCUAUUACGGAUUCCUCUUGCCGGUAGGAACAGUUAUGCUGGUCAACUUGGUGGUAUUUUGUUUGGUCUUUUAUUCCGUCGCCUGGGCGAAAAAGCCGAAGCUGAAGACGGAUGACAAGAAACUCGUUCUGGUACGGUUAAGGGCGGCAGUUUGCAUUUUAACCCUUUUAGGACUGUCGUGGACGUUCGGUUUCUUCGCCAUAAACAGCGCGAAAUUAGUGUUUAAAUAUCUGUUCACCAUUUUCGUCACUCUUCAGGGAUUCGUCAUCUUUCUGCUUCAAAUCGUCUGCAACAAAAGUGCCAGAGAUUUAUGGAUAAAGCAUUUUCGACGAAAACGUUCUGUCGGCGUAGAAGAUACCGUCAUGUUCAGUAUUAUUAGGAAAAACAAUCGAUGACAAUUUCCUUAAAUCUAUUUUACUGUAUUAAAACGUGCUUUGAGGUUGUGUAUUUCGCAGUAUUUUUAACUUUUCAUUAAUGUUUGAGAAGGACGUAUUUUCUAAACGGGUUUAAUUAAUACGCACCGGAUGGGUGGUCGGCGGCCUGCGAUCGGCGGCCUGCGAUCGGCUCGUCAGAAAUGUUUGCGUUGUAUCCGAUUUCUGCGUAAUGUAUACUGAAUUUAUUAUAAUUUGUGAUAAAAUUUAGUGGCGUAACAUGUAAAUAUCGCUCGGUUUACGUGUAAAGCCAUAAAUAGACGACUAAAUUUUCCCGUUACAUUUUUAUACGAAUCCGAAAUUGUAGAAAUAUAAACCAACCUAUAUAUCUGACAACCUAUAAUGUCAAAUAGAAAAGUAAAAAUUACUUCAGGUAUUUUAAUCCGUUCCCGACCUCCGAAAUUAACCUUUUUUACCUUUUUAGCUGUAUUCGUUACCUUUCUAAAACGUGUUCAUUAAUUAAAAGUUAUUGCAUUUAAUCAAUACUGUUAAAUAUAAUGCAGGAUACCAGUUGUGUAGUAACAACAAAUUCAUUAAAAUUGAUAAUAGUCAAUGGCCUGACUUUUUCUUAUUAUAUCUACGCCAAGUUAAUGUGAAUUUUUAUAUAUUGUCGUACUUCUGUCACUGUCAUUACAAGUACAGGGUAGUGGAU